CCGAGAUCCAGUCCAUGCAAUAAAUGAAUUAGUAGUUGGUGAACAAAUUUUCUAUUCCACUUUUGACUUAUUGAACAAGUUACCUUCAGCCUACAUAAAGAGCUCCCAAACACAUAACCGAACACAAAUUGCUCUCUCAUUCUUCUAAAAUUUUUCAGACUCAAAGAGGCGCACAUAAACUAUGGAGGAAGUUAAGCUUUUGGGAUUUUGGGCCAGCCCAUUCAGCAGGAGAGUGGAAAUGGGCCUCCAAAUGAAAGGGGUGGACUAUGAAUUCAUAGAAGAAGAUUUACAAAACAAGUCCCCUUUACUUCUCCAGUCCAACCCAAUUCACAAAAAAAUUCCAGUUUUGCUUCACAAUGGCAAGCCAAUUACUGAGUCCUUGAUCAUUCUUGAGUACAUCGACGAAGCUUUCCCAGGCCCAUCUCUUUGGCCCAAGGAUCCAUAUGAAAGAGCCCAAGCACGGUUCUGGGCCAAGUUCAUCGAUGAAAAGUGCAAUCCAACCUUGUGGAAAGCAUGCUGGAGCACGGGCGAGGAGCAAGAGAAGACCAAACAAGAAUCAGAACAACUGCUGAAAAUUCUUGAAAAUGAGAUUAAGGACAAGAAUUUCUUCGGAGGGGACAACGUUGGGGCCGUUGAUAUAACCGCUAAUUUCUUGGCCCACUGGAUUGGGAUCGCUUCCGAGUUAGUGGGCCUCGAAAUCAUCACCGAGGAAAAGUACCCAAAUUUAUGCAAUUGGGCCAGCCGGUUUCGUGAGCUUGGUUUUGUUAAGCAAAAUCUGCCACCAAAGGAGAAACUGGCUUUGGGCCUUAAGUUUGUACUGCAAGCUGCGGCCAGGUCCAAUGGCACAUCAAGCGUCUGAAUUUGGUAUAUGGGUCGGGUCAUGCCCGACUCAACUUUAGAGAAAAUUAAAAUUUGAUGCAUGAAGGAGCUUUUGGUGUUGUGACCUUUGUCCUUUUUUUUUUUUUUUAAUAAUUAAAUCUUCUAUGUAAUUCAGCUCGUUGUCAUGCCAUGUAAUAAACGCAAGAAGAAAAAGUUUUUUUAAUGUUGGAUCAUCGUGAUUAUGUGAGUGUACAAUCCAAUAGUAAACAAUUGACCAAUCUAUACUACUAUAGAAGGUUUGUUGGUAAAAUUAUUUUUAGUAAUCUUGACCAAAACAAUUAAUGAGUUGAC